AGCCUCGAUAGCACAACGCGGGCUCUGUUUUCUUGUAGCCUUUGUGGCACCUCCACUUUCUUGAUCCGAGGUUCAUGUUUCUUUCUAUGCUAUGGAUCGUGAAUAUCAUCUGAAGACUUGGCAUAUCGUUUCUUCCAUCGCCACUUGCAUCACCUACGUACCGGACUAGAGAUAGGGUCCCUCUGGAGGCAUGCAGCCUUUCAUCAUCGAAGAAUGAUUGUGUGGCGCGACUCAAUCCUUACAUGCGUCCUCUGUUUCACAAGGUGCUUCGGUCAGAAGAAGAUCUUUCCGGAAUCUGGUCUGCAAUCUCUGUUCAAUACCAAAGCAAUGAAGGGAUGCUCGCCUUAUGAAAUCGCCGACUUUUUCUGGCCUUUGCCACUUGGAAACGCUUGUCCUCAGUUUCCAGGGAAGUGGUUGAUGGAGAUUCCUACAUGGUCCCACUCGUUUUCCUGCUCCACAAUUGCGACAGACACGGAUUCUUGUCUCCGUGACUUCGUUCAUUGCCAUCAGUUACCAAGAAUUUCAUUGGGAAGUCUGAGUUCCGGUGAUGCUGGCAUCAACUCUCCCAGACAAAAGAAGACGUCGUCAGUAUGGUUGCACCAGAGUCCAUUUUUGACCAGGAAAACACGGCUCUGGGUCUACACCAAAGGGAAGGGGAUGAGUUCUCGAGUUACAAGUUCAAUCAGGAAUGAACACACGUCGUUGGCGCGCCUCGAAACCUGGACGCAAUCUACCCUCCUAAAAGCGCCCGGAGAGUUCUCCCUAACUAUAGCUCUACAUAGGGGAGACGAUACGGCCGGCUGUGGUAUAGGAGACUGAGGAACGGGCAUGGAGAAAGUAUCAAGCUGAGGCUUGAAAUAUCCAUCUAUCUCUAUAGCUACAGUUCUCCUUUGUAUACGGGAAGGUGAGCGUUGUUGCUAAUCACACCAUUUAU